CGGCGGGGCGAUGCCGGCGCGCGGCCGGGCCGUUAUUUAGGGGCGCGCGGCGGGGCGGCGGCGGCCGGCGGCAGGAAUUCUGUGCAGCAUGUUUUCUGGGUGGAACUGGGUGGCCCGUUGCUUAUACUUGUUUUGGAAUAUUUGUUCCCUUGGAGUUUCAGGUGGACUUGUACAGUCAUGUGGUCACAUCAUCCCAGAGUCUCCUGUAUUGGCCCUUGGUUCCAAUUUCACAGCAUUAUGCAUUUUGAAUGAGAGUUGUCUUGACUUUGGCAAUAUAUAUGCUAAUCAAAUUAUCUGGAAAAUUAAAAAUAAAGUGGUACCUAGAGAACAAUACCGUGAAAUAAACAGAACAGUUUCCAGUGUCACAUUUAAUGACACUUCUUCACUAGCUACUCCUCUGACAUGCAACGUUCUAGCAGAUGGACAGAUUGAGCAGAACAUUUAUGGAAUUACAGUUACAUUAGGCUUGCCCCCAGAGAAGCCCACGAAUUUAAGUUGUAUUGUGCAUCAGCAGUCAAAACUCACGUAUCCUAUGACUUGUACGUGGAACCCUGGAAGGCAUACGUUCCUGGACACGCAUUUUAAGUUGAAAUCCAGGUGGCCACGAGAGAACUUUCCUGACUGCAUAUCAAAAGAUGCAAAUAAUUCCUGUACCAUUUCCGAUGUUCAGUUCUUUGUUAACCUAGAGGUCUGGGUAGAAGUGUCAAAUGCUCUUGGGAAGAAUGAAUCUGAUCGUCUUGUUUUUGAUCCCAUUGAGAUUGUCAAACCACUGUCUCCACAUAACUUAUCCGUCAACUCGGGAAUACUACCUACUGUUCUGAAGCUUUCCUGGGAGAACCGGAUUUCAACAGCUGUGAUGAAACUGAAAUUCAAUAUUCGCUAUAGGAUUGUUAAUGAAACGAACUGGAUGCAGGUUCCUUCUGAGGAUACAGCUUCACCAAGAACUUCAUUCAGUGUUCAAGGUCUCAGACCUCACACAGAGUAUGUCUUUUCAAUUCGAUGCAUGAAGGAAGAUGGGGUAGGCUAUUGGAGUGACUGGAGUGAAGAAAAAACAGGAGUCACAACUGAAGAUAAACCAUCUAAAGGGCCAUCCGUAUGGAGAAUCAUUGAUGCAUCUUCUUCACCAGCUUCUCGGACUGUACAUCUGAUGUGGAAGGCACUGGAGCCACUUGAAGCAAAUGGAGUAAUCUUGCGGUAUGAAGUGACUGUCAGAGCUAAAUCACCUCCCUUCCAUUCGCCAUGGAAGUACAACGUUAAUACAACCAGCCUUACAUUAAAGCUGUCGAAUAGAACUUACGAAGUGACUGUGAUUGCCUACAACAGAGUCGGUGCAUCCCCUCCAUCAGUUCUACUUAUCCCAACAAGUAAUUCAAAAGCUCCUGUGAAGAAUAUUAGAACACUACCUAAAGAUGGCAAACUAUGGGUAGGGUGGACUGCUCCUAACAGUAAUGUUCUUAAAUACGUGAUUGAAUGGUGUCUGCUGUCCAACAGCUCAGACUGCAUCAUGGAAUGGCAGAAUGAACCAGGAAAUAUUCAAGGAACAUACUUAAAAGGUGAUAUAAAGCCAUUCAAGUGCUACUUGAUAACUGUGUACCCUCUAUAUGCUGAUGGUCAGGGAAGUGGACAGUCUGUGAAGGCUUAUCUUCAGCAGGAUCGUCCUUCAAAAGGACCAACUGUUCAGACAAAAAAAGUAGGAAAAGCUGAAGCUGUUCUGACAUGGAACCAUCUCACAGUGGAUGAGCAAAAUGGAUUUAUCAGAAGUUACACAAUAUUUUACAAAACUAUCGAUGGAAAUGAAACAGCUGUGUCAGUGGAUCCUUCCAAGACAGAGUAUACCCUCUCUUCUCUAACCAGUGAUACGCUGUACACUGUGCGGAUGAUGGCAUACACAGAUGAAGGAGGCAGGAGUGGUCCUGAUUUUACAUUUACUACACAGAAAUUUGGGAGAGGAGAAAUUGAAGCUAUAGUUGUACCUGUGUGCCUAGCAUUCCUGUUGAUUGUACUCCUUGGAGUACUGUUUUGCUUCAACAAACGUGACUUAAUUAAAAAGCAUAUUUGGCCUAAUGUCCCUGAUCCAUCCAAGAGCAACAUUGCUCAGUGGUCACCUCAAGUUCCAGCUAAGCACAACUUUAAUUCUAAAGAUCAGAUGUACCCAGAAGGCAGCUUUACAGAUGUAAGCGUCGUAGAAAUAGAAGCUGAUGACAAGAAGUCUUUCUCAGAACAAGAUCUAAAGCCUUUUGAUUUGCUUAAAAAGGAAAAAAGUACUUCAGAAGGGCACAGCAGUGGUAUUGGAGGAUCCUCCUGUAUGUCUUCUCCUAGGCAAAGCGUCUCUGACAGCGAUGAAGGUGAAACUACACAAAACACUUCAAGCACUGUACAGUAUUCGACAGUAGUGCUCAAUGGCUACAGAGACCAAACGCCUGUGCAAGUCUUCUCAAGGUCUGAAUCUACUCAGCCACUGCUAGAUUCAGAAGAGAGAUCAGAUGAUCAUGGUGGAGGGAGUGACAGUACAACACAGAGGCAGCAGUAUUUUAAACAAAAUUGUGGUCAGGAUGAAAACAACACUGACAGGCCUUGCUUUGAAAUAGCAAAGCAGAUUAUUCCUGCUAAUGAGGAGGAUCUCGCUGGAUUUGCACAAUUGCAGAUCUCAGGGCAGAGUUCAGAGCCUCUGGGUCUUGGUCUAGAGAAAAGUACCCAGGAAGCUGCUCUGUCAGAUGUUUUACAGACAAGUACUGAAGGACAAACUGUGAGAUAUGAAACAGUAGAAGGAAACCCACCAUCAGUUGAUGAAAUGCCAAAAAGUUAUCUCCCACAGACUGUGAGACAAGGGGGUUAUAUGCCUCAGUGAGAGAAGAGACUGGCUGCAUUAGGCCUUCAUUAGUGCCUGUUCACACUUCUUCCUGUGUUUCUGAUGAAUUAAGCUAGGUAUUUUUAUCUGAAUGCAGAUAGAAAUAUUAAAAUUAGGUGAAGAAUAAUUUGACAAAAUACAGUAAGGACUGUGUUUCUGUGGAAAAUUUGCAUUCCAGACCUUCUGGAGACUUACUUUUAUGCACUACAUGAAAUCAUAUUUGUCUGAAUAGCUGAACAAGCCUUUGUGCUACAGUGCUUUUUGUGUCUUGUCACAUCAAAUUUACACAUGAUUGAAAACAGCAAGUUUCAGUUAAUCACAUCGGCCAACAGACCUAGAAGAAAUAGUUGAUUUGCAACAGUAUACAAGCCUAAGAAGCCAGCUUUGGUUGUUUGGAGCAUAUUUGUACUUAAAUGAGACCGAAGUUUAGUAUUCCAAUGUGGGGAAAAAUACUAUGUCAUGCACUUUUCAGUAGCUUGAUUGACUCUGACUUUUGAUGUGGCCCAGUGUCACAGUUUCCAGCUUGUCAGACUCGGUGUGCAAAUCAUGCAUCCACAUUUAGUAAUUGCAUAGAACUUUUGAUGGUUUGCAAGUAACAAAAUGCCCUUAUUGCUUGACUGAGUGUUACUGUAAUAAUUGAUAUUAUGCAUAUAUUUAGAUGUGUGCACAUGAACUAUACAAUAAUUUGGCCUAAGAAUGUGCCUUGCAACUUGAUGCACAGCAAUUCAGUUUUCAUGUUUAAAAGUUAAAAAUCUGGAUGAAAACACAGAUAAUUACUUAUUUAAAGCUUUUGUACCCAAAACACUGUCUGAUUAUACCACACCACUUUGGUCAUAUUAAUAGCCUUUGUAUAUAAUAAGUGCACCUUUGCAGUGCCUAGCUUGAGAGGCGAGUAAUGAGCUAAAACUUUUCAAAGUUUUUAUAACUACUUAGGAGAAAGGGGAUGUCAGGGGAUCUUCCUGAAUGACUACAAUGACUAGUGUGCUAUAACUUUACUGCUAACACCACAGGACCUCCUUGAAACUGAACGUAGUAAAAAGAAGCAUUGAAGUCAUUGAAGUGCUCAGGGAAAAAAAAAAGAAAAAACUAUACCCUGAACUUUCAAGUUCAUGACUAUAUGUAUCUAUUAUCUAGCAUGAGCCACAAUGUUUGUGGUGGCUAAAAUUCUUUUUUCUUAUGUCUCACUUCUAUUGUGUAUUUUAUUUAGAAGGUACAUAUAACUGCAUUAAAAUUAACCUCUUCCCAAGUGAUGAAAUCUUAUGACACUUGCAGAUUUAUUUUUUUUACCUUGACUCAGCCUAGUCAGCUUUUCUAAUCUGACACUAAUAAAACCUUGAUUCAAAACACUACAUGCUGUGUUGUGAGAAUAAAACAAGGGUUUUAUUUCUCCUUCAGCAAAAGAACUGAGACCUCCUGAAACUUUUUGUGAUGUGUGGUGCUGCUGUUGUGCAAAGCACUUGGUAAUGGCCCUUGAAGGACAGGUAUAUUGUUCAUGUGUCUUUUGCUUCUGAUAUGAAGGAACUCAGUGCUAGAGUAACUCAAAAGAUUACCAGUUGGAGUCUGGACUGUUCAAAAACAAAACAAGAAAAAUGCUGAAUCUUUACUGUCUUAUUCAGUGUUCUGCAGUUCCUUUCUCCUAACAGUAUUUUUCAUAUCCGGACGCUUUUUAAAACAAAUGCUGUGUUGCAGGUUACUGUAACUAUACCUUUUUUCAAACCAGACUUCCUCCUAUCUUCCCUCAGCACCUUCAACCUCUUCCCCAGAGAGCAAGGACAUCAUGAAAACUACACUCUCACAAGACAAUAGAGGACAUGUCUGUUUUUUUCAGAGGUCAAAGGAGCUUUCUGUUGUCAGAAUACAUACCUCUUAGAAAAUAACAGCAGUGAGUUUACUGGGGGAUGGGUAUGUCUUCUCUAUGCAAACUUCAUAGUGACUGUAGAAACCACAAGUAAAAGGGAAAGUUUCUGGUGAGCAGUGUGCAUGUUUAUUACAACUGUCCUGCAAGCCACAUGCUAUCUAAUCCACCCUCUGGUAAUUGAUGAAAUGGUAUUAGUCACAAGUUUCUGGCCACAAUCUGGCUGCUGAGGUUGAACAUUGCUUCAAAGUCCUAAAAGUCCUGGAUAUUAAAAAAAAAAAAAAAAAAAAAAAAAAAGCUGAUAAUAUUUUAUUUCUGAUCCAGUAAUACUAAGUUUUGGUAGCAUAUGUCAUGUUUGAGGGACAACUUCAGUUAAAGUUACUAUUCUCCUUUCUGUUGUGUAAAGGGAAGGCAUUUUGUUCUCAGUUGCUGUUAAUCAUGAACCAUUUCCAAAGUUCAACUUUGAAAAGAUUUCACGUUUUUAGGGGAUCUGUGCUAACAAGAGCUUUGUCCUGUCACUUCUGGACUCUUACUUUCAUCAUUGUUUAUGGAUCAGUGGUAAUAAAGUCACAGAGUUGUGCAGGAGGGAUAUAUACUGGGAAGGCUUCUAUCUAGCAUAUAUAUUUGUUCUGACUUUCCAUCUUGUGCUUGUGGCUAGGGCUAAAAUAGUAAAGACUAAAUGGUAUGCCUGUGGGUGAGCAGCUUAUGGAAGCCACAGUAAAUCUAAGUAACAGGCUUACAACUUGUUCAUAAACCGCUGUGCCAAAAUGCAAUGUUGUACAGCGUUCAGCAUUUAACUUGAUUUUGUACUUUGCAUCACAACAAUCUAGUUGCAUCAAAGAGUUGCACACAGGUUUUAGAGCAUAUGUAAUGUGUUUUAACAAUCCACUGAAAUUUUCUGAACUUGGCCCUAGCAUCAUAAUUACCCUCACCCCAGUAACUAUGGUGCACUUUACAAAAUAAAGGCAUUAGCAAAAUAAAAUUACACUCUGCUAUUGAUGCUUUCAUGCCCAUUUUGAUUACCUGGACUGGAAUUUUACAGCAGGGUGUGUGGGAGGCUAGUUGUGAAAAGGUUGUUGGCUCUCUAGCAGAGAAGGGUGGCUAGUAAAAGUAAAGUAUUUCUUCACUCUUGAAGAUGCUUUUAAGUGCAAGGCUAACUAACAUUCACAAGAAAAGCAUAUAUAUUUAUUUUUGUAGUGCUGUAGGAAGAGGGGAUUGGUUCUGGGGGUGGGUGGAGCCAGGUGCUCCCUUGGUUCCCCUCUUGCCUCCCCAGGAAGAGAGGAGUUUGCACACAAGGGCUUGUGUCACUUCUUGGUGGCUGGAAAAGUACCAUUGCCUGCUUUUUGCAGUUUCAGCUUUGAGUGCAAAUGUGAGCACCACCAGAUGGUUAAAACUUAUACUAGCAUGCCAAGGAUGUAGGAGUCAUUGUUCUGAUUUAACUUCAGUAAUUCAACUUAUUUAAUUAAUGCCGGGUCUUGAAUAGCUAGGACACGUAUCAAUAUAUGCUGCUAUAGUAUCGACUUCACAGUAGGAUCUGAAACUCGAGAGACACUCGGAACUCUUACAGUCAGCCUUGCUCCAGGACACACAUGCUUUAGGUUGUAAUUUAUAUGCAUUAAAUUGGACUAAAUAUAACAGUUUGCUUUCUGCCGUUUUGAUGCAAUCUUUUAAGUACCUUAACAAGUUCACUGGAUGGCUGGAUCACAAAACAUCAUUGCUCCUCUAAUAAAUGCCCAUCUCUUUGCUAGGAUGGAUACAUAUAGCCAUUUUAAAUUCCAAUAGUUGUUUUUAAUGUUACUCAGAAGCAGUUUAACAACAAGAACGUUGAGCCUGUUGUUAUGAAAUAGCCAGUCUGUAACUGCAGACAGCUUCAGCUCGUGGUCCAGAAGACGGCAGUAAUGUGGGGAAUUCAGAAGUCUGGAGAAGUGUAGGAUUAGAUAUCCUGCAGCUGAUUCACCAAUUCCCCUUCCUCUCUGUCUUUGUUAAAAAUGAAAGUAACGGUUAGGAAAAGAUGUAACUAGGGUGCGUGUGUUUGCUUUCUCUGUUGUUCCCUUCAUACUAGUUGUGCAAUCUGAGCCAUUCCUAAAAAUGAAAGCAGCGCUGACUCAAAUGCACAAGGAUGCAUUUUAAGGCCACAGGAUUUGUUACAGAUUAAUGACUAAGGGGCAGAUCUCAAUGGUCAUCCUCUCCCCGCGCCUUGCUUUUAGUGCAGAGCAAGAAUAGGCAAUAAAUACCUCACAGCACGCAGACCAUGGUCAAGCAUUGCGUUUAUUUGCAAAGACAACCUUAGCAGUGGAGACGGGCAAUAAAAUCACUGCUACUCCCACAAAAGCACACUCUUGUAAACAACAGAUGAAACACAAGCGUGUGGCACGCCGGCUGCUGGGAAGCGCACCUUGCUCCCGUGUGGUGGUCUGCUGUGGGUGUAACACCCAAAACUGCUCCUCGUAGCAAAGCACACGCGCUGACGGAUCCGCUCACCUUGCUGCGCGUGGCUUUUUCAUAAAGCAGAGCUGCUCACGGCAUCACGUGCAGCCUGGCGUUGUGAUGCAGCCAUGGGUUGUCUGGGAGCCAACUGCUUUUUAUUUGGGGAGAGGGGCAACGGAGCUCGCCAUCAGGGCUACUCGUCAGCAAGCGCUACUGUGCCAAUAUAUGCACCUAGGUAAGUGUAGUCGUGGGACACGGGGACAUAUAACAAGGAAAGUGCCUUGAUGCUGAAUUGAAUGCCUAGUGAAUGUAAACUUAAAAUCAAGUUUUAUUAUGUACUUAAAGUAACUAUGGCUGACUAAGCUACUGGUGGUUUGUAUGCCUGCUUUGAAGGGCUUGCAUACUUCAGCCAGAAGUUAAAUCUGCAAAUUGCUGCAUAAGCUGUCUCUAUAUGGAAAUGUGUUUUAAUACCAGUACAUGAUCUUCAUUCUUUUGCAAGCUGCAUGUUUAUUGUCAUAUAAACUCUGCUUUCUACAGUUUACUUUUUACUGUAAGUUUUGAAUGUCUUCCUCUUUGUUACCCAGCUGAGCCUGAAUGUUGCAUUUGUCUACUACACAAUAUACAAAAAAGAGAAGAAAGUAUUCCAUACUUA